AUGACGGUCGUAGCUGGAGAUAACAUGGAUGAGACCUCGGCGGUGCCAGGGCACCCGCAGGACACCUACCCCCCAGACCACGAUGACCACGAAUGCUGCGAACGGGUGGUCAUCAACAUCGCCGGGCUCCGGUUCGAGACCCAGCUGAAGACACUCUCCCAGUUCCCAGAGACUUUGCUGGGCAACCCCAAAAAGAGGAUGCGCUACUUUGACCCGUUGAGAAAUGAGUAUUUCUUCGACCGCAACCGCCCCAGCUUUGACGCCAUCCUGUACUACUACCAGUCCGGCGGCCGGCUGAGACGACCUGUGAACGUUCCCUUGGAUAUGUUCUCUGAGGAGAUUAAGUUUUACGAACUGGGGGUGGACGCGAUGGAGAAGUUCCGGGAGGAUGAGGGCUUCAUUCGAGAGGAGGAGCGACCUUUGCCCGAGAGGGAGUUCCAACGGCAGAUCUGGCUCCUCUUUGAGCACCCGGAGAGCUCUGGUCCAGCCAGAGGGAUCGCCAUUGUGUCUGUAAUGGUGAUUCUGAUUUCCAUAGUCAUCUUCUGUUUAGAGACUCUACCAGAGCUGAAGGAGGACCCACAUGGCCGGAUGGAGACGGUAGGGAACACUACUUUUUAUUACAAGCCAAAUAUCCUCACAGACCCCUUCUUCAUCAUCGAGACGCUGUGCAUCAUCUGGUUCUCCUUUGAGCUGAUCGUGCGCUUUUUGGCAUGCCCCAGCAAACCGGCCUUCUUCAAGAACAUGAUGAACACUAUCGACAUUGUGGCCAUCAUCCCUUAUUUCAUCACGCUGGGCACCGAGCUGGCUGAAGACCCAGACAAGGAGGGGGUCGGGGAGCAGGCCACGUCUCUGGCCAUACUCAGGGUGAUCCGUUUGGUCAGGGUGUUCAGGAUUUUCAAGCUGUCCCGACACUCAAAAGGGCUGCAGAUUCUGGGGCAGACCCUGAAAGCCAGCAUGCGAGAGCUCGGACUUCUCAUCUUCUUCCUCUUCAUUGGAGUCAUCCUCUUCUCCAGUGCUGUGUACUUCGCUGAGGCCGAGGAGAAGGACUCAUAUUUCGGCAGCAUCCCUGACGCUUUCUGGUGGGCUGUGGUGUCAAUGACUACAGUGGGAUAUGGAGACAUGGUCCCAGUCACCAUAGGAGGCAAGAUUGUUGGUUCUCUGUGCGCCAUAGCUGGAGUGUUGACCAUUGCACUCCCCGUGCCGGUCAUUGUGUCUAACUUCAACUACUUCUACCACAGGGAGACGGAGGGAGAGGAGCAGGCCCAGUUGCUCAAUGUUAGUAACCCCAACAUCCCAUCGGAGACCAACUCAAGCCGUCGCAGCUCAUCCACUGUCAGCAAGUCAGAGUACAUGGAGAUCGAUGGAGACAUAAACAACAGCAUCGACAAUUUUAGAGAGGCAAACCUCAGAACUGGCAAUUGCACUAUAGCCAACCAAAACUGUGUGAAUAAAAGCAAGCUGCUUACAGAUGUGUAG